AUGUGGAGCGUGGACUACGAGAUGCUGCUCAGAGGAUUACGAGCCUGUGUUGAGCGUGCCUCGAAGCCGCGCACGACAAACUUGGAUCGAAUUUCGAAGACCACCAAGGAAUUGUUGGAAAGAAGAAGGGCUUUGAGGCUUGAUCCGAAUGCAUCGCACAUUGAGCGGUUAGUAGCAAACACUAGCAGCAGAAAAGCGUUGCAGGAGGAUCUUUUGAAGUACAGGCAGAAGAAGAUUCUAGAAGCAGCACAAAGAAGAACGAGUCUAAAGAAGUGCCGCAGGGAUCUCCGCGAAUAUAAUAUUCCGCUAGCAACCUUGCAGAGCGAAGACGGGACUCGCACGUCUUCUCAUUGUGAGAUGGAAAUCAUUACGGAGAAGAUCUAUUCGAACCUUUUCCGUUCAUCAACUCCUAUGUCAAGCCCAAUCAUCUCCACUGGUACUGGCGAAGCUCCACCACGGAUUCUCCCUUCGGAAGUACAAGUCGCUAUCAAGAGCAUGAAAUCUGGCACAGCCCCCGGACCUGAUUUUAUAUCAGCAGACUUUCUUCGGGCUGGUGGCCAUCCGCUUCAUGUAAUCUUAGCAGCGCACAUGACAUCCUAUCUUCAGAAAGAAAGGAUCCCAGACCAGUGGAAGACUUCGCGAACCGUUCUUAUCCAUAAGAAAGGUGACCGAGAAGACGUUUGGAACUACCGUCCGAUAUGCUUGCUGAGCGUGUUAUACAAAGUAUUCACAGUAUUCAAGAUCAUCCUCACACGCAUAGCUAGGACGCUGGAUGAAGUCCAGCCUCAAGAACAAGCUGGAUUCCGCUAG